AUGCGAUUUCCCUCGUCGGUUGCGUUUGCAGCGUCUUGCUUGGCUGCGAGCGUCGUCGCACAAACGAGCAGCUCCUCGGCUGUGACUACCACGGCACUUGCGAGCUCGUCUACGCCCGCGACGGCGACCAGCUCGACUGGCGCUGUCGCAUCAUCGCCUUCCUAUGGCACCGUCGUCUCGCUCAAUGGCUUCACAAUUCUGACGUCUCUCUUCACGACGGCGAGCAGCACCUUGCCAAGCGGUGUCAUCGCACUCACGCUCAGCAAUACCGUCGAGACUGUCACAGUACCUACCACCGGUGCAAUUCGUGUGACAGCCACUGAAGCCGCUCCUAGCGCCAGUGAAACUCCAAUUUCCGGCGAUGCGCCAAAGCAGAGCGUGACCAUGACCACGAGCAUCAUGGCAAUGCUAUCAGCUGUCACCUUAGGGGUCUUGCUCGCUUAG